GACAUCCUGCAGGAGAUGGACCCGGCCUGGACCACCACCGUCCUCCUGGUACCUUGUGUCGUCGUGCUGACGGCUGGAUUCUUCUACCUGUACAGCGCCGUCAUCGGCCUGCUGUCCAAAACCUCCGUACGCAAUAAGGUGGUGGUUAUAACCGACGCUCUAUCGGGGCUCGGAAAAGAAUGUGCAGGAGUGUUUCAUAAAGGAGGCGCGAGGCUGAUCCUCUGCGGGAAAUGUUGGGACAAACUGGAGGAACUUGCAGAUGAUCUGGCGAACGCCUCGGACCCGACCGUGACGUUUCCUCCCAAACUGGUGCUGCUGGACUUCGGGGACAUGGACAGCAUGCCCGAGGCGGUGGAGGAGAUCCUGGAGUGUUACGGCUGCCUGGACAUCCUCAUCCUCAACAGCAGCAUGAAGCUCAGAGCGCCGGCACAGACGGUGUCUCUGGAGACCGACAGGCUGCUGAUGGACAACAACUACUUUGGGCCGGCAACGCUGGCCAAAGGUGUGCUGCCCUCCAUGAUCUCCAGGAGGACCGGUCACCUGGUCCUCGUCAACAGCAUUCAGGGGAAACUGGCGGUGCCGUUUCGCACCACAUACGCAGCCUCUAAACACGCCGUUCAGGCUUUCUUCGACUCCCUGAGAGCUGAAGUGGAAGAAUACGGCAUCUCCGUCAGCACCAUCAACCACACCUUCAUCAGCCCGUCGUCGUCUUCGUCACCUGAGGCGUCCACCUCCAGAUCUCUCUGGUCCCUGUUGUACACUAAGAAGCCACUCGGUGUUUCUCCGGACGAGGCAGCGACUGAGAUCGUGAAGACUCUGAACAACAAGAAGAAAGAGGUUGUAAUCGCUCCCUCGCUCCCCAAGGUGGCGCUCUACGCCAGGUCCUUCUUCCCCAACGUCUUCUUCGCUGUGAUGGCGGCGGGAGUGAACAACGCCGCCGCCUGCGAGGACAUGUAGAGCUGCGGAGGGAUGGAAACCACAGAGAAAGAUGUUUUAUUAGGAAUAAACCAGCUGAGAUCUUGUUUUAAAGUACACAAUUACUGUAAAAAAAACUUCUAAUAAAAGCAAGUAGACGCCUCGACUUUUAUUAAAGGUUUUACGGUAGAUGUAAAAAAAAAAGGUUAUAAUUGAAUUAAAUUUCAUUAAAACAAACAAAAAGAGCAUGAAAGUGUAUCAAUCACUGAUAGUUUAGAGUGAAUUAAUGUGAAAGUGUUAACUGAAUAAUAAGCACAGCAUUAUAAAGCUGUUAAAAUAAGAAGACAGAAUAUUUAAAAGGUAAAUUAAAGCUUUAAAUGUUCUUGCAUGCAGGAAAUAUUAAAAAUAACAUGUUUUGUCCAGUUUUAGACUUUUAUUCGGACUGCAUUUGAACUUGAACGUGAAUAAAAUGUUUUUUUAAUGAUGUGUUCAGAGCAAAGUUUCUCCCUCAGAAAGAAUUAAUUUCUGUUUAUUUUACAACAUAAACUGAUCACCUGAGUAACGUGACAGUUAUAAAGACAAUGUUUUAUCUGUUCUUGUAUUUGUGGACAUUGAGAAAACAAAUAAAAAGUGUUUAUGUGUCAUGAAAAA